CGGGACUGACGCAGAGCCGAGGUAUCAGAGAGGCAAAGCAACAGCAGCCAGCAGCAUCCCGGCUAACCAGCGGUACCUCACCAAUCUCCCACCACCAGCGAGCUGUUUUCCCUCUGAGCAUCCUCCACAAAUAACGAGAUAAAAGAAAAGAUGGCCACCUCCUCCUCCACUCUGGAAGAAGACGAGAGCUUGAAGGGCUGUGAAAUUUUUGUGCAGAAGCACAACAUCCAGCAGAUCCUCAAAGAGUGCAUUGUGAACCUCUGCAUCGCUAAGCCUGAGCGUCCUAUGAAGUUCCUGCGGGAGCAUUUUGAAAAGCUGGAGAAGGAAGAAUGCAAGCAGAUCAUGGCACGCCAGAAAUCUAACAGCCAGUCGGAUUCACAUGAUGAUGAGGUUUCUCCCCCACCGCCCAACCCUGUUGUCAAGGCCCGGCGCCGCAGGGGAGGGGUCAGCGCCGAAGUCUACACUGAAGAAGAUGCUGUCAGCUACGUACGCAAGGUGAUCCCAAAGGACUACAAGACCAUGACCGCCUUGGCCAAGGCCAUCUCCAAAAAUGUGCUGUUUGCUCACCUGGAUGAUAAUGAGAGAAGUGACAUAUUUGAUGCCAUGUUCCCAGUCACCCACAUUGCAGGGGAGACAGUCAUCCAGCAAGGCGAUGAAGGAGACAACUUCUAUGUGAUUGACCAAGGUGAAGUGGACGUGUAUGUGAAUGGGGAGUGGGUGACCAGUAUUGGAGAAGGAGGGAGUUUUGGAGAGCUGGCCCUGAUCUAUGGGACUCCCAGAGCUGCCACCGUCAAGGCCAAGACUGAUCUGAAACUGUGGGGCAUCGACCGAGACAGCUACCGGCGCAUCCUCAUGGGCAGCACACUGAGGAAGAGAAAGAUGUAUGAAGAGUUCCUCAGCAAGGUCUCCAUCCUUGAGUCUUUGGAUAAGUGGGAACGUCUGACUGUGGCUGAUGCUCUGGAGCCCGUUCAGUUUGAGGAUGGAGAGAAGAUAGUGGUGCAGGGAGAACCUGGGGAUGACUUCUUCAUUAUUACAGAGGGAAUAGCUUCUGUUCUGCAGCGCAGGUCUGACAACGAGGAGUACGUGGAGGUUGGACGCCUCGGACCCUCCGACUACUUUGGUGAAAUCGCCCUGCUGUUGAACCGUCCCAGGGCAGCCACCGUAGUCGCCCGCGGUCCGCUCAAGUGUGUGAAGCUGGACAGGCCCCGCUUUGAGCGUGUGCUGGGGCCGUGCUCAGAGAUCCUCAAGAGGAACAUCCAGAGAUACAACAGCUUCAUCUCCCUCACUGUGUGACACGUCGGCCCCUCUGGGCCCCACCAGCAGGGGUGGGCAGCAUCAGCAUCAGGGUUUGGGUCUGUGGGAGGGAUGAGGUGAGGAUGCGGGGGUAAAGGACAUGGGUUUUAACAUCCACAACUACAGGGCGCUCAUUUCCUGCCUUUUUCUUUCCGUUUUGCGUGUUUCUUUUCUUUUGAUCUUGUGCACUUUGACUUGGCCUGUGCUGUCAUGUAGCUUUAUGUCAAAACCAACAUGCAGGGGUGAAAAAAUCGGAGCGAGGACGGAGAUCAUUCAACUCGUUACACACUGUAAAUGAGUCAUAUAUACAGUGUGGAGACUGUAUAUAAUGCAUGCUUCUCGACUGUCAAAGAAUGGCGUUUGCACUUUCAUGAAUUUAUGAAGGAUGGGGUGAAUUCAGGAAAUAAGGAGGAAGUAAAGUCAUGUUUACAUACAGCGGGAGAAAGUGAGCACACAUUUCUUUUUUCGCUGGCUGUUGUUUGCCUUUUUUUUUCAUGUCUGGAUGUGCGCGGUGCCAUUUCUAGGCCAAAUCAGACCCGCACUACACAGACAUCGCUUCCCCCUAAAACGUAGCUGUAGAGGUUUGAAGAAAAAUAAAUUCUUGGCUGUUUUAUUUUUAGUGCUUUAAGUGUAAAUUAAUGCUGUUAUCAGUUGGGGGGGUAAAUUAGCCCUUUGAAACCUGGAGCGGCAUCAGUUUUCUUGUGUUGCUUUCAGACACCUUUCACAA